AUGCUUGGAACCCCUGCAACAAAGACGAUUACUUCUUGGGAGCCUACGAAUACACCCACUGGGGGUGUGGCAACGACACCCCCAGCCGACGGCGGCGGGAGCAUACAAGCUCGCUAUAACCUCAUUGUUGGUGAUAUUCUAGCCACGCCUCCUUUCGUUCUGUUGGGUCAGUACCGAGCUCAUGGGCUGGCCUACUUUAAUGGAAUUACGUUCAUCGACUUUCGCCAACGAAUUAUUGAAACCCCGGACGACAUACGUCAGCGACUUUGGUGGAAUAUGACCUUAAUGCAGAACAGCGAAUUCGGCAGUAAUCGACACUAUCGAAAGUGCAACGGAUGUCUGUUCAAAAACGGUGUCUUUAAUGACGCGACCAUUACCAGCCAUAAUGGUAUUUAUGGAACCGAAAGCUUUCCCAUCAUUUCGAUUGAAAACCAUAUGAUCUCAUCCCCCCUCGAUCGAUAUUUCCCUGGCAUCUUGGAUACCAUGCAACAAGGGCGGCCAUUCAAACGUUUUUAUCAAGGCUUCCGAAAACCUUGGACUUUGUGGAUGGCUCGAUGUCCUCGAUGUGAGAAAUGGCAAGAGUUGAGAGCGUUUCGGAUCGGUGCGGGUGCGGGUGAGGUUGCCGGUGGAAGGCCUGGGCUUGAGGCAUGGGAACCUACCAUGGGGCGGCUAACCUGGGACGGAGUAAUUCUUACGCAAGAGGUCUUUGAGAAGGCUUACUGCAACGCAUGCUUUGUAGCAGAAAAUGGCCGGCACGCACUGGCCGAGUAUCUUGGCCGGUGGUUCGUGUUCCUGGUGGAACAACAGCCCCACGAUGUACAAUCUGAGCUUCUUCAUGAAGCGGGAAAGUUCCCAAGAAACUCCGGAGCCCUAAUCGAUGGGAACAAGGUCACGGCAUGGAACUGGCAAAUCCUUGAUAUCCAUUUCCUUCGAUGCUCGGGCCAGUCACCAUGGCAUUUGUCAUCCUGUUUUCAAUCCCUCUACAAAGACUGGCUCGAUAUCUGUGGAGAAAACGGCCAUGCAUUCCUUGAUAACCCCAACAUUGGUUCUCACAUGCAAUAUGUAUAG